AUGGCCCCCUCAGAAGACCCCAGGGACUGGAGAGCCAGCCUCAAAGACCCCAGCCUUGGAACACACUUAGAGACCAGCUCUGGCCGGAAGCCGGCGCGACCUCAGAAGGCCGUCCCCGAGGCUCACCUGACCUUCCUCAUUGACUGUAGCCUCGGAAAACAGCUCCCUCUGGCCACGCCUGCAGUGCCCCGCCGAGGCCCGAGGCCCCCACGAGGACCUGCAGCCCCACCAGUGAAGACCUACAUCGUGUUCUGUGGGGGAAACGAGCCUCGUGGGACUCGGAAUUUGUCCCUGGGCUGGGGACCCGUUGCGCAGGCCAGGGACACCCUGCCACCCUGCAGAGGGGUUGAGGCCCCAGCUUCCUCCCCAGUCGGCCCAUUCUGCCCUCAGGAUAGUCCAAAAGCCAAGGGGAGCCCCUCAAAGGCUGGGCCUGCCAGGUCUUCGACUUGGGGCACAGUCAAGGGCUCGCUCAAGGCCCUGUCUUCCUGCGUCUGCGGGCAGGCGGAUUAG